UUUUUUUCUCUCUCCGAACAACAAAAAUGGCUGCACCCGCGAUGAACAACGUUUAACAGCCCUCGCUGUCCAGUGGAUAAAUGCGACGGUUUAUGCCUCCAGUGUGUACCUCCAGGUUUGCGAAGUGACUUUGGUUACCAUCUCUGAGGGCUCGUUAGUAUUUUUAAGAUGAGACGCUCCGUCAAUCUUCUCCAGCAGAUGGCCAUAUUCGUCACUGUGGUGACUGGUGGUGGGUGUGGCAUGAUGUAUUAUCUCAUGCAAAAAAAUUUCGCCCAAUCAGAAUAUUAUCGUUUGGCCCUGCAGCAGUUGAAGAAUCACUCCACAGCUAUGGCCAGCCUGGGUGCACCGCCCCUGAAAGUUCACAACAUCCAUUUAUCUGAUAAGCAAAACCGCAUGGACCACAGCAGAGCACAGCUCAAAAUCCCAGUGACCGGAUCAAAAACUGGCGGGUAUCUUUACUCAGCCUCAACAAGAGACACUCUAAUGAACAGAUGGCACCUUCAGCAAGUACAUCUACAGCUUAAGGAUGGGGAGAUAAUUGAAAUCUUCACAAAAAGCCCUGAGACAAAAACAGAGUAGCUUUACAGUCCUUAACGCCUUCUGACCGGGUGUCCAUCAACACACUGGAGCAUCACUCAAUACCACAUCUUCACUCUGUAACAUCUGUGAGAAUUUUACCUCUUAAGAUUUUGAUAAAACAGAUGUGCAUGUGUUAUCAUGAAAAGAA